CAUCUCUGAUUCUGGGUUCUUUUUUAUUUUCCUCUACCCUCUCCAUGUCACAGCCAUGGGAUUACAUUGCUAAGCUUGUCUGCAUUGGUGACUCUGGCACUGGCAAGUCCAGCCUCACCGUCCGACUUUGUGAAGGCCGCUUUUCCCCAUCUCAUGAUGUGACCAUUGGAGUUGAGUUCGGGUCGCGAAUUGUGCCAGUUGGUCCUCCAGCGUCGCUAGAGCUAGAUCUUGAUGAGCCUUCUCUCGGAUCGUCAGGUGAUACAUUUCCAGAAGCAUCUGCCACCUCCGGCCUUCCUACCCCUCCACGAAAACCACAAGGUUCUCCCAAUCAAAAACGCAUGAAACUCUCCCUGUGGGAUACCGCUGGACAAGAGACCUACAAGUCUAUCACCCGCUCUUACUUCCGGGGCGCCUCUGGCGCUCUCCUAGUCUUUGAUAUAUCCAGGCACUCGACAUUUAUAUCUUGCACCCAGUGGCUGCAGGAUUUACGGCAUAUCGCAGAAGAUGGCAUCGUUGUCAUCUUGGUCGGUAAUAAGACUGAUCUGGCGGGAGCAGUCACCAAGGAGGAGGCUGAAGAAUGGUGUCGCAUGAAUAAUGUGGUUCGCUAUGUUGAAACGAGUGCCAAAUCUGGAGAUGGCGUUGAACGAGCGUUCCUGGAAGUUGCCGAGAGAAUCUACCGUAACAUCGAAACGGGAAAAUACGACCUCAAUGACCGCCGGAGUGGCGUGAAGGGGUUCGGGGCCUCUGGGGGAGCAAACACUGGAGUGCCUCGAACUGUCACAUUGGGAAUGGAUGAUGCUAUGCGCAGAGGUGGCAACGGUUGGACCGGAGGAUGUUGCUAA